CAAUAGUAGAGCAACACUCCAUCAGCCUUUUCCUUUGUAGUCAGGUGAUCAAAGAUGAAUAAGGCAGGCCUGGAUGAGAAAAGUAUUAACUUAACUGUGUACACUGAGAUAAAUGACUUCUGGUGCUAAUCAGCCGAGCGUCAGGUGUGAUAAUGAGGUUGAGACCAGAUGUGACCACUUUCCACUGGAUGCCACUCUGUCUCCAGCAGCCGUCCCUGUGGCCCUGGGUUCUCCAUAAUAUAAUGGUGUUCACGUGGCUCCUUUGGACGUUGUAUUUUGCCGCAACACUUCAGAGUCCUUUUCAGCGCGCGACAUGGCCUGAAGGAAUAGACCCAUUAGAAGUGUACGAAGCCUCGCGCACUUCUUACAUUCGCCUGCCCAUGUUCCGGCAUGCCCCGGGGCCACUUGUAGCCCGAGAGCUGUUUCGGCCUGUUCCCCAUAAAAAGGUGCUUCCGCAGGGGCUGGACGCGCUUCUUUUACCGCCCACGCAUCAACACCACAGCUUCCAAGAGCCCAGCGGACGCGCCGUGGACGUUUGGUGCGGUCUCAGUACAAUCUCGGUGCGCGUGGACCGGCUCCAGCUGGGCGCGUGGCCCGUUCCUUCCCUGAUCCACCUGGGCUCGUGCCAAGCCAGAAAGGUGACCCCCCGCUACCUGUACUUCCACCACAGACUGACUGAGUGUAAAGGAGAGUCUAAGAUAUUUGGAGGUCAGCUGGUGUAUACCUUCCUUCUCCGUUAUACUCCACCUUCACAUGGUUAUGUAAUCAGAGUUCCACCACUUGACCUUCCCAUCCAGUGUCAUUAUAACAGGUUUUAUUACUCCUACCAAGUUGGAUACAGACCUCAGGUUCAGGACAAGACGUUUAUAAAGAGCAUCAGAAAUAAACACGCCUUCAGCCUCACCGUGUACAAUGCUCAGUGGAAGCCCCUCCUUCCAGGCCAGGUGGUGUUUUUAGGGGAACCAGUGUAUUUCGUUGCCCGGACUAGUUCUCUGUUGGCUGGGGAGAGGCUUUAUGUGGAUUCAUGCCACAUUACAGCCUCCAAAGACCCAAACAGCACCCCAAAAUUGGACAUCAUUACAAACUAUGGCUGCAUGACAGACAGUCAGAGGGAAGGCAGCAGCUCUCGCUUCCUAUCAGCAGGGGGCAGCGAAGUCCUGUUCACUGUGGAUUCCCUCAUCUUCAGUGGAGUCUCUCAAUUGCUGUACCUCCAUUGUUCGAUGUCAGUUAGUCUCACCACUUCUCAGUCUUCAAAGAGCUGCAAUUACAACAAGAAUUUGGGCAGGUGGGAGGAGUUGGAAGCCCCACUGUCGGUCUGUUUCUGCUGUGACUCUUUAUGCUCUGACAUGCAGGACCCUGUCAAGUACACCAGCAGCGUUAGCAGUCCAGGCUUGUACAUUGGACAAAAUACCAAGGAAAGUCCGGACAUCAAGGCUAAAUCAUUUCAGUCUAAAGAAGGGAAUGAAUUGCUUGUUGAAGAAGACAAGGGAGGGCAAACGAUGGACAAGAAGCUUGAAGAAAAAGAAGGCCAGAUUUAUCCACCAAGCAUAGAAAUUUGCCAUGAGGAGGAAAAAGAUCCACAGAAGAAGAAAGCAUGUAUAGUCCCUGCUGAGAAGAAAGAAAGGAAACCCAGUACGAUAGUCAGUCAACAGGAAAACUCUUCUGGUGUUACGGCUGCUGCUACAACGAAUUCCUCUUUUGGGAUUGAUGAUGUUAAUAUAGAAAACCACCAAAAUGCCUCUAUGGCUGGAAUUCCUGUCAUGCAACGUUGUUCUAAUGGAGAUGCAUUGAGUUGUCGAGACACUAACAUCACAGCUAAGGACUAUGUCAGUAUUGGUAAUGACCAUCGUUAUACUAGAGUUGAAGAUGCAUCUGGGUUGGAAUCAGCUAUACUUGAGGGUCAAUUUAGCCGUAAAAUAGAGACCUUAACCAGCAUGUACCCAACCACUGGUGACUCAGCAACAGAUCCUCCUACUGUUAGCGAUGUCAUGGCCAAGUCUGAUGCUCAUUCAAGGGAUUUCAGUGAUGUUGCUCGCAGUAUAGGACCAGAUGAAGAUAUGGUUCACAGUCUACAGAUACAAGGAUCAGACCAGUCAGCUCUUCCAGUUGAGUUCAGGGACCCAGUCUGGGUAGCCAGGUUACUUGGGUCUAAUUCCGGUCCUCAGAUAUAUGAUGAAUCUCCCCAUCAGAGUCAGUUUACUGGAGCAGUGAAGACAAAAAAAAGAGACUUUUCAGAUGACUUUUCCAGACCAGCGACUGUUGGUUCUAAUCCUGUUGAUCCAGACCAAAUGAGUAGCCCCAGUCAUUCUGCCAUUGUGACAUUUUUCAGUGCAUUACAGGGAACUGAGAGCAACCAGCUGACUGACAGUGGGCUGAGGUGGUCCCAGAAAACCAAAAGCUGAAGUGAUCCAAGGAUCCAAGUAGUUGUAAGUAAACAAUGUCUGAAGAUACUAAUGCAAAUAGAUCUAUUUCACUGACAACUGAAAGUAUCUGUCAGAUACAUUCAUACCUUUUCUGGAACCACACAAAACCUCAUGGACUAUCAACAGCAACACCAGAGGGCCCCAAACUGCCCACAUGGAGCACAGGAAGAAUUGAAGUAGAAACUCAGAUCCAGGACAGACUGAUCAAGACUGUGGGUGGAACAAAGUGCUGUAGAAUGUGGUUGUCUGUGUUAAACGAUUGAGCAUCCAGACAUGAUCAUUAAAUGGUGAACCUUUGACUCCCUUUGCAUAGCUUAAUUAUUCCACAGGUUCAAUAAUGUUUGG